AUGGCAACAACCCUAGCAAGAGGUCUCUGCCACCGGGCCACCCAUCGCUCGCAUCCUGGCCCCAUCGCCCUCGCUGCCCUGCCACUCGCCGCCGACAGUGAGCAGAUGGCGACGAGCGCUCGGACCCCGGGACCGCUGACGUCGCCGCCUCUCUCUCGCGCGCUGGACUCGCUGGACUCCGGCUCUGCUUGGCUGGUGCCCGGGCAAGGUCUGUGUGGAUCCUGGCCCGGGCGACGCUGUCGCGCCGUGGUCUGCUUGACUCUGGGUAUUCUUUAUUUGUGGCAAGUGCUUGGUGUUGAGAAAUCGGACGAUAAACAGGGAGAAAGGGCGAGCCAAAGCCAAAGCGAGGAGGUCCGAACACCGAAGGAACAGCGCGCGUUCGAAUCCUUGGCGGCGCGUGUUCGAAGCCUCGUGCGCGCCUCGUGGAAGUCCUUCUCCUACGACCACCGAGCCAACCUGCAGCGCCUCCGCCAGGAUGCCACGGACUGCGCCGCCGCCUUCGUGCUCUCGUGCCUCUUCUGCCUCGCCUGCGCCGCCUCCUUCACCGUCAUCGAAGGAGGGCACCAGGAGGAGCUCCGAGCGGCGAGGGAAGCCGAGAGGGAAGGAAUCCUCGCCCGGAUCUCCGCUGAAGGAGGAGGAGGCCGUCGAGGAGCUGUGGCGGCGGCGCAGGAGGCCACGCCCGAGGAGGAGUGGAAGGGCGUGGCCUUGCGGAGGCUGCGGGAGGUGAACGAGGCCGCCAGAUACGGCCACAUCGCCCCCAGCACCAACGCCGGCCGCGCCCUCACCAUCGUCUACGCCAUCUUGGGCAUCCCCAUCUUCCUCAUCCUGAUGGCGGACUUCGGCAAGCUCUUCACCCGACUCCUGAAGGCGCUGUUCGUCUUCGUCAAGAAGCUCUACCGGACGGCGACUGCAAGAGGUUCAGGAGACGAAGCAGUUGCAGGCGAUGAAGGUUGGUCGUCCCCCCAACACCCCCCACCCCGACCCCCCCUGGCCGUCCCCGAGUCGACCUCUGUGGACUUCGACAAACAGCUCGAGGUCGAACUCAAACACCGGUUGAGCUCGAGAGGUUCGAAGGGCAAGAGGAAACAGGAGGAGGAGGAGGAGGAGGAGAGAGAGGAAGACGAACCUCGCUAUUGCUGUUUUUCGGUGUGUAUGAAGAAGAUCCGAGGAUGGUGUGGCCUCCUCUGCCUGCGAAAGGAGGAAGAGGAAGUCCCGGAGAAUGAGGAGGAUGUGGUGGAUGACAACUUCAAUCUGCCUAUCUCACUGGCUCUGCUUAUACUGCUUGUGUACAUCAUGAUGGGGUGUACAAUAUAUACCAUCUGGGAAGAAUGGACUUACUUCGAGGCUUUUUACUUCAUCUUCAUCUCCAUGACCACCAUCGGCUUCGGAGACUACGUGCCAGAGCAUCCAGCCUUUAUGAUGAUGACAACAGUUUAUCUCAUCUUCGGUCUGGCACUCACUGCUAUGUGCAUCAACAUCAUACAGGAGAAACUCACCGAUACCUUCAGACAAGCAAGUGAAAAAUUGAAAGAAUCUUUGAGCCACAUCAUGGCAGCCGCUUCCUUGGGCGAGGACAUAGGAGCCCAGGAGGGGAAGGAGGUGGAGGUAGCGCCGGUCCACUCCUCCACAGGGAGUCUGAAGAGGGAUUCGAUCACUAUGAAGAAGGAGACUUAAAACAAAUUUGAAAAAAUAUAUAUAUAUAAAGUUUUCUCCAUCAGCAUAAAUGGAGAAAGUUGUUUCCGCUUUCUGGGGAUUAAUUUAUUUUAAGAAUGGUUAUCAGUUCGUUGGUGAGGAUGUUAGAAAAACCCCUUUUUUUGUUUUUGUUUUAUCCGAAGAAACACAGGUUUUGCCACGUUAAUGAGAGUGUGUGUUGAUUAGAUGGAGAUAAGUUUGAGCUUACAGAGGGUCAUGUGCAUGUUUAAAGUAACUAAUUCUCUC